AUUUUUUUAAUUAAUUUAAUAUUUCAUUCAUUUAAAUAAAUGUACAGUAUUGGUAAUAACUAGCUAGGAGGACUACCAUCAUAAUACAACUAUUUAUAUUAGACUAGUUAGAUUCUCACUCAGAACUCUCCAUACUAUUACGUCAAUCACUAAAACUAGGCAGGAUUUCAUGCAGGAUAUAGCAGGGAUUACCAAAUGGGGUUCCAAAGUGGAAACCACUUAAUGGGAUUAGGCAGUUUGAAUUAUAUUAGUUAGAGUUCAAGUGGAUAAACGUAGUCAUAAUAGCAAAUUCAAUAAUUAGGAUAAUCAGCAUCAUUACCAGAAAAAUAACAAUAGCAAUAGUAAUUACGCUAGCACCAUCAUCAUCAAAAUAGAAAUUCAGGGUCUCAUGAAAAGGAAAACCUUUCUAAAGAUAGGUCGAUGAAGCGCAACAGCUCAAAUUUAUACAGAGAUAAAUCCAAUGAAAAGCUUUCAUUUAAUAAAAGUACUCCUCACUUUUUUCCAUAGCACGAUAGUUAGAAUAACUACAACAGCAACAUAAGCUCAGGGAAUUAUCAAAGCAACAAUAAUAGUAAUAAUAGUGGCAACUUAUUUAUGACAAGUAGCAAUGGGAAUAGCAGCGGAAAUCAGAACUAAGGGUUGAGUUCAAAUAACACUGGAAGCCAAACAAAUUUAAGAGACAAUGAUAAAAUUAAUUAGAUUUAGAAAAUAUACAAUAACAACAUACGCUCCCGAAACAACUUCCAUAAAUCUCAAAAUAAUUUCUAUAACACCCAUUCAAAUACAUUCUUCAAUUCUAACAGUAACAAUAACUAGAAUGGAAAUAAUGGAUCACUAGACUAGCGUAAGAAGAACAAUGGAAAUGGACUUAGCAGUCGUUUGUCGCAAUCUCCUACUAAUGACAUAAAAAUGGUUGGUUCUCAAUAAAACAAUUAAAAUUCAGGUUAACUGACAAGAAAGUAUUAUACCUCUCAUUAAACUCCUAAAUAUUCUUCACAAGCAUCAUCAUCAUCUAACUACCCUUCGUAGAACUAGAAUCCACUUACUCAAUUUUAAAAGGAAAAUAAUAAUUUAGCGAACAUAUAUUCCAAGGAUUACAAGACAAACAGAAAUUCUCUGACCAAAGGAUUAGAUAAAAAGGACAGUUUGAAUUAAAUUUAUAAGCCACAAAUUAAAGCACCGUUAAACUUAGGAAAUUCAUCUUCAAAGAAUUAAUUGGCUAGUAACUAGGUUCCUGUCUUUGCCUAUUCCAAUUCUUAAUCUAAAUUUUACUAAACUGAGCCGAAUUUCAAUUAAAAACUUAAUAAAAAAUCUCUCGCUUUGAUAAAGCCAGCUUAAAAAUCCCAGCUUAAGCCAAUAGAAGAUUUAAUAAUGAAUGAAAACAUGUCCAGUUAAAGCUAAGUUAGUAGAAAAUAUUUCUCUAAUAAUUAAAAUACUAAUUUUUUUGGAUCUCAGACUAAUUUAAAGUGGUCCUCUUUGACUCCUAAACAGACAUUUAAUUCUAGUAACGCAUUUAGUAAAACGAAAAAGAAAGAAGAAAUAAUCCCAACUCAAAAAAAUAAUACUAAGAUCAGUAGUUUAGGUUCGAAAAAGAAUUUGAAUUUAGAAAGAGAGAAUAAUUUGGAAAACGAAGAGUAAUAUGAUUAUGAAAUGCAAUAUGAAGAACCACUAGAACAGUCAUCUCAUUCUUUUAAAAAUCCAGAAUAAUUAUAUAACUACGAAAUAGAAAUAGAGGCUCCUCUCUCUUCAUAACUUUCCAAAAAAAAAGUUUUGACUCAGGUAGACGAAGAGAAUUCUUAACAAAUGAAAAACACUCAUAAUUUUAAGGAAUUAAAGGAAGAUAAUUAGGUAGAUUUAAAAUGUGAGACAUUUUCGAUAAGAGACUCAUUUAAGAAGGAAGAUAAAAGUAAAGAGGAAGACAAGUCAUUUUAAAAAUUCAAUCCUUUCUCAAUAUAGUAAUCAAAUUAUGUUGAGGGUAAUAGAAAAAGUAACCAUAACUUUGAGCUUGAAGUUAUUUAAGAAUAAAAUAAAGAAGAUGAAAUCAAAGAAGUCCCUGCUGAGCUUCUUUAGUAAGUUUAAAAGAUAAGCGAAGCUCGUCCUAAAACUUCAGAAGGUGGUCACCGUAUUAGAAGAUUAAAAUAUGCCUAACAGAAGGAUUAAAAUUAAAAAUUGAAUAAUGAGUAAUAAUAACAGACGACAAGCAAUAACACUAAAGAUUAAAAUCAAAGUAAUUCUCAAGCCAAAAGCUAGAUUAACAAGAAUGAUCAAACAGGUGAAAAUAAAAAUAAUAAAGAGGAAAUUAAAUAAGCUACUAAUAUUCCUUCAAGAAGAAAGAAUUAAAGUAAUGGAAAUGAGAUGUAUGACCUUAUUGAAAAUUCACCUAAAUAGCUUGAUUUCUCUCCCCUUAAAACAAGCAAAUAGUAAAAUAAUGAAAAAGAUGAAUACAGCAACAAUGAAUAUGAAGAAGAAUAUGAUGACUUAGAAAAUGAAGAACUCUCAUCUAAGCUGUAUAAUAAAAAUUAAUUUUUUAGAUCUUAAGCAGAGUUCUACAGACCAAAUUAAUAUGAUAAUGAUCUUAAUUACAACUCUACCAAUUAUGGAGAAAACGCUUUUAAAAGUUACAAUUCUACUGAAGCAAAGAAAAAAAAUAUGAUAAAUUUCAGAAAAACCACAAACGAAGGAGGCUUUUUCAAUGAAGAAUAAGAUAACUCCCAAAUUCCUUAACAACAACCAAGGAUCUAUAAUUUCUAUAAAAAAAAUAAAGAGUAAUCUUACAAAUAAAAUGUAGCUCCGAAUGAGGAUAUUCCAAUUGAAGUAUAUGUGCAAGAAGAUGAUGUUGAAUAUAUUUAUUAAGAAAAUUCUCAAAGAAAGAAAGUGUUUUUGAAAAAGAAAACUAUUGACACAAGUGAUGGACACAAAAUAAUUAUCAGACAUAAUAAAAGUGCUGCAGGACCAAAAAGGGUUCCAAAAUAAUAAUAAUAAUAAUAAGAAGCUAAUGCAGCAGAAGAUAUAGCUAAGCAGAAGCAAUAAUAAAUAAUAUAAUAGUAGUAAUAGCAGUAACAAUAGUAACAGUAGUAAUAAUUAUAGUAGGAAUCAGAUUAAAAAUAAAUUGAACCUUAAGAUGAUGUUGUGGAAAGAAUAGUCUUACCAUUUAAAACAGGUCUUGAUAACGAAUUUAUUAAUUUAUUUGCAUAAGCUCAAUUCUGA